CUUGCAUCGGGAUUUGGCAGAUUUCCGAGUUGGCCAUCCGGACCUCGUCCUUCUGCAGUACGUGGAUGAUUUGCUCCUGGCGGCUAGGACAGAACAGGAUUGUGUAAAAGAUCCUAGCUGAAGUCCAUGGCACCAGAGGGGACUUGACGGACCAGCCUUUGCCAGAUGCUGAAGCAACCUGGUACACCGAUGGGAGUAGCUUUCUACGAAAUGGUAACCGAUGCUUGUGUACCUUGUGCUAAGGUAAAUACCAAACACCUCAAGAUGCCUGAGGGAACCAGGAUGAGGGGAGAAAGACCCGGAACUAAUUGGGAAGUAGACUUCACUGAAAUCAAGCCAGGUAAAUAUGGUAACAAGUACCUCCUAGUGUUUAUAGAUACCUUUUCAGGCUGGACAGAAGCUUUCCCCACCAAGCGAGAAACCGCCCAGGUGGUUGUCAAGAAAAUCCUGGAAGAAAUUUUCCCCCGGUUUGGACUGCCCAAGGUAAUAGGGUCGGACAACGGCCCCGCCUUCGUCUCCCAGGUAAGUCAGUUGGUGGCCAGAUUACUGGGGAUAAAUUGGAAAUUACAUUGUGCAUACAGACCCCAGAGCUCAGGUCAGGUAGAAAGAAUGAAUAGAACAAUUAAAGAGACCCUAACUAAAUUGACAUUGGAGACUGGCACUAGAGACUGGGUCCAACUCCUCCCUAUGGUUCUGUUCCGAGUCCGGAACACUCCCGCGCGCCAUGGGCUAACUCCUUACGAGAUUCUCUAUGGAGGUCCCCCACCAGUAACGGACUUACUAGAUUCUGCUAUUGACCCUCUUGCUAACACUCCCGGUUUACAGGACAGGCUAAAGGCGCUCCAGAUUAUCCAGCACCAGAUCUGGAAACCCCUUGCGGCUGUCUACCGCCCCGGAGACACAACCGGCCCACACCCGUUCCAGAUCGGGGACUCCGUCUACGUCAGGAGACAUCAGUCCAGGACGCUUGAGCCCCGCUGGAAGGGCCCAUAUACUGUACUACUGACCACCCCAACCGCCUUAAAGGUAGACGGCAUUGCUGCUUGGGUCCACGCCUCACACGUCCAGCGCGCCCCAUCAACGAGCACCGCUGACGCCAGCCAGGACGGACCGGACGAGCCACUCCAAUGGAAGCUCCACCGCACCCAAAACCCGCUCAAGAUAAGACUUUCAAAAAUUGUUCAAUGACAGUUGUUAUAUUCCUACCUCUCCUAGCGCUCUUCACCUCCGCCAAAGGUGACCCUCAUGCCCUCAAAAGGUUAACCUGGCAGGUACUAACGUCUGGGGGUGACGAGGUCUGGUCUAUAACUAAGACCGCCCCCGUGGGAACCUGGUGGCCUGACCUAUAUCCUGACCUAUGCAAGCUAACCAUAGGGGCCCCUAGCCCAUGGGACCUAGAGGGAUACUUCGACACCUCUAGAGCCCCUAACCAAGAAAGCCCUCCAGGGCGACUGGGAUUAGACCCAUGGGGAGGAUGUGGCACGCCUGACAGAAGGGCCAUGCUAAGCACUCUUCCCUUUUAUGUCUGUCCCGGGCACCACAGAGAUCGCAGGCUAAAUCCCACCUGUGGAGGAGGGGAAUAUUUCUAUUGUAAAAAUUGGGGGUGCGAAACUACUGGGGAUACAGAAUGGAGGCCCUCCUCCUCCUGGGAUUAUAUCACUGUCAAGGCUAACUAUACUCACCCGACAUUUAGCAAAUGGAAAACCCUUAAUUAUGGGCCCUGCCAAGGGUGGUGUCAUCCCCUACGGAUAUCCUUCACGGAGCCCGGAAAAAGGGCUACUUACUGGGCCAAUGGAUAUACGUGGGGACUCAGGUUAUACAAAGAAAGAACAGAUGAUGGUUUUAUAUUCAGAAUUAAACUAAAAAUAGAAUCCCCAGACCCCGUGGCGAUCGGGCCUAACGCGGUCCUCGGGGAACAAAG